GAACCGAACCUUCCCUUUCUUUAACAACCCUGAAGAGUCUGUAAAAUGUUUCAACCAUCUGGGAUUCUCUCUCUCUCAAUGAAUUGAUUUUUGUUUUGUUUUGAAAAGUAUUGAUUUUUAGAAAGAAUUUUUAAUUAAAUUAGAAUUAGUUAAUUAUAGAACAAUGUGGAGUGGUAUUAUUCGACAAUGGUUAAGUUAUAACGAUUGAGAGGGACCAAUACUGGAACUUUUCAAAAGCACCAUGCCAACGUGCCCCCAGUAUUGUUCACAAUGGGCUAGAAUUUACGUGAAGUAUUGUCUCUGCAGUAUGAAAGAUGGGGUUUCUUUAACUUUAGGUGUGAUUAGUGUUUUGAGUUGGGGAGUUGCUGAGAUACCUCAAAUCAUCACAAACUAUAAGGAGAAAUCCACUGAAGGACUUUCCCUUGCUUUCUUGUUGACAUGGAUUAUAGGGGAUCUUUUCAAUGUUUUUGGCUGUAUGUUGGAACCAGCUACUCUUCCAACCCAAUACUACAUGGCAGUGUUGUAUACAAUUACUACCUCAGUUCUGACAGCACAAACUAUUUACUAUGGUCACAUCUAUCAUCGACUGAAACGUAACAGACGAUGCAUCAAGGCCACCGUCUCUAGUCAGACUGAAGAGGCUGGAAGAAUUAGACAAGGAAAUAGUGAUGCUGGAGCACAAGUCAACAAUGCUGGUAAACAAAGAAAUGAAACUGCCUCUCCUGAUGGCGCAAAUGGUUCGAGUUCACCGAUUCCUUUUCCAACACUUUUUCAAAAAAGUUCCCCUGGAAGAGAGCUAUACUACAUGUCAGCAAGAUCUCUUUCAAGCAGCCAUACUCCCGCAGUAGGAUCCUUUUUAGCACAAAGAGUGGCUUCUCCAUCAUUUUCGAUGAGGAAUUCGAUUGAAGAUCCACUGCUUGGUGGAGAUGCAACCACACAAUCUGCACCGAAUUUGAACACCAAAACCAUGCUAUGUGUGGUGUCUGUAGUCACACUCUUAGGAACACUUAAUCUUCAUCAAUCAGCAAACAACAGGCUUGCCAGAGCCUUUGAAAAUAAACAUCAAGGAUUUGUGAUUCAAGUAGGACGGAAGAUCUUGCAGGCGAGUAGCAGAAUGUCACAUGAAAAUUAUAGUGAGGGAAGUGGAAUUGGAACGUUCCUUGGUUGGUCGAUGGCAGCUAUUUACAUGGGUGGACGGCUUCCUCAAAUUUUCCUAAAUAUCAAGAGGGGCAACGUUGAGGGGCUUAAUCCAUUAAUGUUCGUCUUCGCUUUGAUUGGGAAUAUCACAUAUGUAGCAAGCAUACUAGUCGAUAGCGUGGCAUGGUCAAAGAUCAGCGCAAACCUGCCAUGGCUGGUGGAUGCAGGAGGUUGUGUGCUGCUUGACACUUGCAUACUGCUUCAAUUCGCCUACUUUCGCCACCGGAGGCGCCAGUUACUGGAGAACAAACUACUGAACUGUAAUUCAGCUUAGAUGGUGACGACGCAUGUUGACUGAUCUUUCAUUGAUCGGUUCAGACACUUCAUGGAUCCAUGGCAUCCGAACAUUCAUCAUAGCUGCCCAUCAAACUUGAUCAGACACAAGCCUUGCUGCCAAUGGCCAUAUUGUGAAGAUAACAAAUCUUCAUUUGGAUUUUGUUGAAUGAGCCAAGUGAUAGCGGUUUUGAUAGUUAUUUACCAUCUGGGCUUCCAUGGCAGAUGACCACCAAUUCCAUUUUUGUACUUCACCUCCAAUCUAGUCCAUUCCUUUAAAUGUAUUUAUGAGGCCGGACGUCUCAAAAAACACCAAAUUUAUCAUGAGAAUUUAAACGUUGCUACGUAGAAAACUUGUUGGUACAAUUUGAAAAUGUUUUUGUGCA